GGGGUAUGGAUGAGACCCUGGUGCGAGCCUCAUCUAUGGUGGCGGAGGAGAAUCCCCGUUCCCUGAGGAACGAGGACAUGCUACACAAAAAUGCUGGAGAAACUCAGCGGGUGCAGCAGCAUCUAUGGGGUACACAGAAAUGCUGGAGAAACACCUAACUACAUGUUGAUUGAACCACUGCAUUGCUGUCCACCAUCUCCUUGUUGCAUUGUAACUUCUUGUUAAUAAAUAACUCUAUUCUCCCGGCCGCGGGCCGCUAUAACCACGCCCAGUUACACGCCCUCUCGCUUGGCUGCGCCUGUGCUCCUCGCUCGGCUACUCGCGCCUGGCAUCGGGUUCUCGGCGCUCGGCUGCGCGGGCCUCGGUCGCCAUGGUGACGGGCCGGGUCUUCACCCUCCUCCUCCUCCUCCUCCUCCCCAGGCCGCAGGAUGUCGGCGGCGUCCAAGGUGGCGCUCGGGGUUUCCGCCAUAUUGACAGCGGGGACGGUGGCCGGGGUGCACCUCCAGCAGAAGCUGGAGAGGGAGAGACUGCGAGAAGGGGUUUACAGAGAUCUUGAUCGACAAGAACGCAAAAAGGAGAAUAUUCGGAUCCUGGAAGAACAGAUUAUUCUGACAAAGAAGCUGGAAGCAGAUCGACUUAAACAAAGUACCUUGGUUUCUGGCAGUUCUCAACAAACCGGAAAUCAGUAACCAGUUCAUUUUUCUAACGUGGAUUGAUGACUUUCGAUGUUUAAUUGAUGAAGAAUAUUUUCCCCGACAUAAUAAAAAUAAUUUAACAAAUUAA